AUCUGGAUACAGACCAUUACCGGAAAGAGGAGACCGGUGAUACUAUCGGAAUCAUCAUCGGUUUCUGAUUUGGCGAGGAUGGUGCAGAAACCUGAGGGGAUACAGCCAGAACAACAGCGUCUGUUCUAUAGGGAGAGGGAGCUCAGAUUCGAAUACACCCUAUCAACUUAUGGAAUUCAUGAUGGAUCGACGAUCCUCAUACAUCUGCUGCUGGCGACGUCUCCACUGAUGGCGAUUUGCGUGAAGACGAUCGCUGGGAAACAGAUUCCGCUAUCUCUACCUCAGUCGGCAUUGGUCGCCGACCUAGCAGCGCUGGUACAGGAGUCCGAGGGUCAUCCGCCGGAGGAGCAGCAUCUGAUUUAUGGGGGACGAUGGCUGGCAUUCGAAGAUCGUCUUUCAUCGUAUGAUAUUCGUGACGGAACGACGAUUCAUCUCCUUAUCCGAGGAAAAGGUCGCGCAUGA